AAACAUGAUAAAUAAUAACAAUAAUAAUGGAAAAUGGUUCUAAAAAUGUCAUUUACAACAAGCGAAACAGACACUUCCGCGAUGGGCGUGGUCCCCCCCCCACGUUGCCACGCAACAGCCGUGUCUGCUCGUGCGCACGCGCAGUGUGCGCGGGGAGCCUGGGCGCUGAUGCUGAUUCAGGAUGCUGCGGGUGAAGAGGGACGGAGGCUGAUGUGAAAAUGCUGCAGCGUCGAGCAGGACACAAUGCUCCUCCGUGUUCCUCAAACCUCUCGCUCUGAAACUCUCCUGCAGCCACACAAGAGCAGGUGAAUGGCAGGAUUGUGUGAGGAUCUGGCCGGCUGAUGCAGUGUGUAGGAGUCGACUGUGACGAAAACAUGAACGGUGCAGGAGAGCAGGUGGACAUCCUGCCCCAAAACUGCAUGGUCAAAGAGCGCUGGAAAGUGUUAAAGAAGAUCGGAGGCGGGGGAUUCGGGGAGAUCUAUGAAGCGUUGGACUUGUUGACCCGGGAGAGCGUGGCUCUGAAAGUGGAGUCGGCGCAGCAGCCCAAACAAGUGCUGAAGAUGGAGGUGGCGGUGCUGAAGAAACUACAGGGGAAAAACCACGUGUGUAAGUUUAUCGGCUGUGGCAGAAACGAGAAGUUCAAUUAUGUGGUCAUGCAGCUACAGGGGAGGAACCUUGCUGAUUUGAGACGCAGCCAGCCUCGUGGAACGUUCUCCAUGAGUACCACACUGCGUUUAGGGAAACAGAUUCUGGAGGCCAUCGAGGCCAUUCACUCUGUCGGCUUCCUGCACCGAGACAUCAAACCUUCGAACUUCGCCAUGGGUCGGCUGCCGUCCACCUACAGGAAGUGCUACAUGCUGGACUUUGGCCUCGCUCGUCAGUACACCAACACUACCGGAGAAGUGCGGCCUCCGAGAACGGUGGCGGGAUUUCGGGGAACGGUGCGGUACGCUUCAGUCAACGCUCACAAGAACAAAGAAAUGGGACGUCAUGAUGAUCUGUGGUCGUUGUUCUACAUGCUGGUGGAGUUUACUGUGGGACAGUUACCAUGGAGGAAGAUCAAAGACAAGGAGCAGGUUGGUCAGAUUAAAGAGCGUUACGAACACAAGAUGCUGCUGAAACACAUGCCGUCUGAGUUUUAUAUUUUUCUAGACCAUGUGUUCGGCCUGGAUUAUUACACCAAACCUGAUUACCAGUUGUUGAUGUCGGUGUUUGAGAACAGUAUGAAGGAGAGAGUAAUUACAGAAAACGAGCCAUUUGAUUGGGAGAAAUCGGGAACUGAUUUGUCGUCGAACAGCAUGGCCACGCCUCCUCAACAGAACACACGGCAAACUGCAGCGAUAGUCGGCGUGGUGAACGUGACUCCGGUUCCUGGCGAGUUACCGAGGGAGAACACGGACGACGUGCUUCAGGAUGAGCACCUGAGCGAUCAGGAGAACGCCCCACCCGUGCCGUUACCCAUAAGGCCAGGCGAGGUGGCUCUGGUGCCCCCUGGUGGAGAGGUGUGGGAAGACACUGACUUCAAUCGCAACAAACUCAGGAUCAGCAUCAGUAAGACCCAGGUAACUGCAGAGGAGGAGGAGCAAGUGGAAGGGGCGGAGCCGGUUUCCCAGAGACCCGGCGACCCAGAAUCCCCCGGGGCUCAAGUACGACCCCUCAGGUACCGACGAAUCAACAGCCCCGAAUCUGAUCACCUGACCGGAGCAGAUGGAAGAGCAGAUGGCUAUGACAGACGUUCCCGGAUGGACAUGCUCGGCUCUCCGUCUCGCCUCGCCCUGUCGUCUCAGCCGGCUCAGAUGUUCUCGGUGGACGGCGGUCACGAGGCUCACAGUAACGCCUUCAUCCGCUCCGUGCCAUUGGCUGAGGAAGAAGACUUCAACAGCCGCGAGUGGGUGAUGAUCGACAAGGAGGCGGAGCUUCGCGACUUCCAGCCAACUACUUCAGGAACCACGGACGACGAGCCGGAGGAGCUCCGCCCCCUGGAGGAGCCUGAGGAAAUGAGGAGGAGGAGGGGGGAACGAGGGAACGAGGUCGUGGUUCGGCCCAAAACGCAGCGUGGGGCAACGGGAUUGGCUGUAGCAGAGGAGGGGGCAGGGCCGAGUCACCGCAGGAGGGAGUCAGAGUUGUUGGGGCCACACAUACAGGAGCCUCUGGAUGUGGCGUCUAAGGUAAAGCGAGUGGAUUUCUUGUCCACGGUGCUGAUGUUUGACGCUCAGAGAGAAACUUCACCACGUUCAGGGAGUGAUGGAAGCCCAGAAGGCGCCGCCUCCACUCUGCUGGCUCCGCCUCCUCGUGACCAAGACCAGGAAGAAGCGUCCCGUACGCUGGUGCUGGUGUCUGCUGGUAACGGGGCCGUUUCCCCCGGCGACGGUCAGGGCACGUUGGGGGCGGUGACGCCGCAGGCUCCCGAUGAAUCAGAGCGCGGGACUCUUGCGUUCAUGUUCAGGCCUGCUGCUAUGGUAACAGGUGCCGUGGCGACAGCUGGACGCUCCUCAUCACCUCCACUGGCAAAGGUGGAGCGAACAUUCGUGCACAUCGCCGAGACAUCACACCGCAUCGUCAUGACGACGGGGAAACAGCUGCCUGAGUCAGAGAGACACUACAGAAGGGACGAGGAAGAGGAGGAAGCGGUGGAGGAGAGGAAGGAUAGAAGCAUGGGAGAAGAAAAAGGAAGCAGCAAGGAGGAGAUCAUCUGGGAAAGAGCUGAGAGCCAGGUAGAAAACGGUGAAGAGAAAAAGGAAGAGCAGGAAGUGGAGGAGGAAGUGAAAGAGGUUGAGGAAGAGAGGGAAAAAGAGGAAGAUAAGGAAAAAGAGACGUGGCCUCUGAGGGAGGAGAUGAUUGAUCUCAAUGAGAAGGAACAAGAGAGUGAAGGUCAGAAAGAUGAAGAGAUAGAAAAAGAAAAAUGCAGUCCUACCGAGGAGGCGGAGCCAGAGCCAUCAGCUGAGUCAGGUGACCAGCAAGGACCUUCCUUCAUUGGACGUGUAGAAAUCAUAGAGAUCCGAGAGAAACCUGAAGAGGUUCCAGUGGAACAGGAACAGAACCGUGAAGAAGCAGGGCCUGUACUUGUCACCAAAAUAAGGAAAGAGGAGGAACCAGACCAGGAAGUUGCAUCACCACCGCCACGUCCACGAAGGCAGAGUCGAAUCCCGUUGCUCAUUUCAGAAGAGGAAACCGGUUCGGACCGGUCAUCGCAAACCAGUCCGAACCAGCAGGUCCGUAAAAGCCGAUGCCCACACCUGGCCCGACUCGUUCUGGAGCGAAAACGAUCCGCCCAAUCAACAACCGCCUCCGAGGACGACACCCACCAAUCAGACGACUCGGCUAGGGCAAGGGGAGCGGACGGACCAUCGAGGAGCCGGAUCCCACGACCAGUCACGCCCAUUAAGAAGCCUUCUGUCCAAUCAGGGAGUGGGGCGGUGCCUCAGACUCAGAGAUCUGCCUCCUUCAUUCAGGCCAGUUCUGUUAGCUCCAGGAUGCAGAAGUCAGCAAGUGCUCACUCAAGUAUCCAUCAGCAGAAACCCCGCCCACAGCUCCGCCCCUCCAAAACACUCCCACCCCGCCCCUUGACCACGGCCCCUACAGCCCACAGACCCUGGGCUUCAGGGCCCGCUCCCUCGUCUGCUACUCGGACAGCUCAACGUGCCAUCUCCCGACCCGGUGCUCCUCCUGUUCUCCGCAGCGUUAGCUCCGCCCCUCGCAGUAACUCCGCCUCACGUGCGGAGAGCCCCUCCCCACAGCGCUUCCGUCAUGCUGAGACACGCCCUCUUUCAACAACACAACCCAAAUCCAAAGCCCUGGACUCCGCCUACAAAAAGGGCAAAGCUUACCCAACGGCGGCGCAGAAAGGGAAGAGGGAGUCAUGUGACCCGAAAUAUAAAAGCAGAUAA